AUGGAUUGUCCCUCCAUCCUCCUUCUCAUUGCCAGUGUUGUCACAUACCAGCCCCUCUGGCUCCUAAGAUGGGCAGUACUGUUUUCUCAAAGACCCCAAAGCCUCUCUGAGAUCCUCUCUGAGAUCCUCUCUGACCGCCCUGUUGCCCACCCCGAGUUCCCGGCAUCCUCUGGGAUCCCUCUUCCUGGAGCCAAAACUUACGCAGGCUCCUUUCCUCCGAGCUGGUUGCUAGGUGGUCUCCGAGGGCUGUCCGAAGUAUCGCGAGGGUGGACCCGUUGCCUGGUGACGAGAGUUGGGAGUGUGGUGGGGCUGCGGAUCUCCAGCAGUGGCGUUACUUCUAGCGGCUGGACCCGGCGUUCUCCGCGAGAUCCCGAGAUAUUCUCCCCGCACGGAAGCGACGACUGGCCUGGCCAGAGGAUUCGGGUGGGAGCGAGGUGCCGGCCCCGACAGGAGGGUGAGGUACGCAGAAGUAAGGCGGGGCGCCCCCUGCGGGAAGCGAGCGCGCCCCGGAAAAUGAGCGCCUCCCCACACCACGGGGUCCAGGAGUGAGUGCGGGAAGGAACUCAGCCGCCCGGAGUUGUGGCCUCAUCGUGCUUCCCGCCAAAA